AUGGAUUUUACACUUAUUGAUACCGUGCCUGUAUCAUUACAAGAAAUUUCGUUUUCAUCACAUUUAAUGAAACAAGAAGCAUCAUUUCUAUUUACACAAAUGGGUAAAGAGAUUAGCUAUCGUUUAAAACUUGAAAGUGGUUCUCAAGAUGUUUUAAUCGAUUUUUGUCGAACACAUUAUAUAGAUACCGAUGAACAAUUACGUAUGAUUGAUGAUUUUGCGAAAAACUAUCGUCCAAACAAAGCAUUACGAUGGUUAAUAAAUCAAUGCUUUAUUUCAAGAAUAUUAAAUCGUGUACUUCGCACUCGUGAACUUGAUAUUGUUUACAAACUAGGAUUUUUUCUUCGACAGACAGGUUUACAACUUCAUCGUUUAUAUGAAGAUAAUGCAUCAUUAAUGAAACAAAUUUCAGUUGUUUAUCGUGGUAAAACAUUAUCAUCGAAUGAGUUUGAUAGUUUAAUAAAAAAUAAUUGCGGUGGUCUUCUUUCAUUUCCUAGUUUUUUAAUAACUACAAUUAAUAAAGAUGUUUCCAUUGAUUUUGUUCAUCGUCGACUUGCGAUACAUCCUGAUAUGAUUGGUAUUAUUUUUGAAAUACAUAUUAAUGAUACGGUUGCUGAUAAAAAAAUCCAUUUGCCUUACUUAAAGAUAUAG